AUGCAUGUCUUUGGCUCAACAUGCUAUGCCUUUGUUCAAAAUGCUAAGAAAUUAGACGACCGGAGCCGUAAAGGUGUUUUUGUAGGUUAUGAUAAAGACAGUCCAGCAUACCUGGUAUACCAUCCAGAAACAAACAAGGUGAAAAAGGUAAGAUGCGUGAAAUUUUUUGAUAAUUUUAAAACUGAGCCUGAGGCGUAUAAUGACGACCAAGAUGAAUUAAUUGUGCCAAAUAGAAAACACGUUGAAACUACGGUAAAUACUAACGAGCAAAUGGAUGAAAAUGCUGGUACCGCAGAGGUAGAGAACAACGCGGCGAGAUAUCUAACACGCACUCGCAACAAACCAAGGUAUCUUGAUCAGCCUAUUAUUGACGACAAUGUUAACCGCACUGUUGAUUAUUGCUUUAGGGCUGUAGACAUUCCAAAAUGUUACAAGCAAGCAAUAAAAUCGCCGGAGGCUAACAAGUGGCAAAAUGCCAUGAAUGCAGAGGUAAGCGCAUUAAACGAUAACAAUACGUUUGAGUUAGUCCCACAACCAAAGGAUCGACAGAUAGUGGGGGAAGAUGGGUUUACGCCGUAA